UUAAUAAACAAACAUAUUACACAGCAGGGUGAUGUAGGAUUACAUGCUCCUCUGGUUGAUGUUGAGGGCUUUCCUCGAGCUGAUGUGGAUUUGUAUGCGGUCCGGACAGCAAGGCAAAGUAUCUGUUGUUUACAGAAUGACCAUAAAGCUCUCAUGAUGGAGAUAGAAAAGGCACUUCAUACACUGCAUGCCAAUGCAAAGCUUGGGCACGAGAGGGACGAUGCAAAGACAAAAGCUACUAAGCAGGUGGCAUCCAUGUCAUCCCCAUUUGCCACUGUCAACACUGUAACUCAGGGCUCCCCUGCUUUUCAAGCGGGUUUACGAGUUGGUGAUGAGGUUAUAGAGUUUGGCUCUGUAAAUACACAAAACUUCAGCAAUCUGCAUGACAUUGCUUCUGUUGUCCAACACAGUGAAGGGAAAAUCCUACGUGUUGGAGUAAUUCGGAAUGGACAAGAAACACAUCUUCUUGUGACUCCUCAGAAGUGGACUGGAAGAGGAUUACUGGGGUGCAACUUUGUACCAGUUCGCCGAUGACCAGUGGAAGUACAAAGUUUAUGAAGCCAAACAACACAUCCUCGAUUUCAAGAUGUCCACUUGCCCCGUUUGCUUUUGUAAUGAUUCUCUGCAGUGCACAUUUGAAUUUGAUGGAAGUAUAAAUGCAUGCAUUGUGGAACAAAGGUAACAAAAGGGUCUAAACUACACAACUGCAAUAAAAAGACAUACUUUAAAUGACAAUUUUUCAUUUUCUGUCAUUGUUGUACAAGCAACGUAUAUAAAAAAUAAAUGACAAAUGAUUGUG